AUGGGAGGCGAUUUAUCAGUUGUUGGCGAGAAUCCUUCAACUCAACCAGCACCAUUAAUCAACUAUAUUCAACCUAUUGAAACUUAUGAUCCACGAGAAGUGAUAUUUGAUUCACCUCUUGGAAAUAUUACGCUAAUGAUCAACGAAAAUGAGAAUGAUUUUAAAUAUUUUGUUAAAACGUUAAAUAUAGAUCUAAGUCAAACUCAAAAUGCAUCAAGAUUUUUCAAGGAAGUUCAAAAUCUCUCGCUUUCAUAUUUCCCAACUAUUUUACCUUUCGCUGGCUUUACAAUUUCCAAUCCUCACAAUGGAAGAAAGCCUGCUGUAGCAUUUGAUCACUAUUCUGGGCAAAAACUCUCAGAAAUUUUAGAAUUAGAAACAAAAAAUCAAUCUCCAGAAACAUGGGACUUAACAAUGAAAAUCCGCACAUCUCUUGGUGUUGCCUUAGCUUUGAAUUACAUGCAUGGCUACCGUUGUCCUCACGGAAAUUUAAAUGCAGAUAAUGUAGUUUUCGGAGAUGAUUUCUGGCCAUAUCUUACUGACUUUUCUCUUAACAACUUCUACGACGAGAAUACAAUCAAAAAUUUAGUUCCUGGAGAAAAUCAUCCAAUUUGGAAAGCUCCAGAACUCGAAGGAGAGACAGCUAAGACACAGAAAGGCGAUGUAUACUCUUUCGGAAUGCUUGUUUUCCAAUUAUUCAUCGGAAAAACUCAAUUCGAUAUUAUUUCCAAUACUCCCGACAUUUACCAGAAACUUAAGAGCAGCACGAGACCAAAAAUACCAGAUAAUGUACCUCUCGAGAUCAAAAACAUCAUACAAUCAUGUUGGGCCCCAAAUCCAAAUGAUCGACCAACAAUGUCGAACGUCAUCAAACUUUUCGAAGAAUCCAUUGGCGCAAUACCGAACAUCAACCUCAGCUUACUCGAAAAAUUCCGUGAGCGCAUCAAAGCGGAGAAUUCCGACAUCUCAAAAGCGCACACCGCAUUAACUGUCGCACAAUCUGGCGAUGCAUCAGCGCAAAACAAUUUCGGAGUUAUGCUUUUGAAUGGCAAAGGUGUUCACAAGAAUCUUGGUGCCGCAGCGAGGUACUUCCAGUUAUCAGCGGACCAAGGAUCGAUGGAAGGAAUGCACAACAUUGGCUUUGCGUUAGAAAACGGCGCAGGAGUUAAAAAGAACUUGCCUUUGGCCAUUCUUUAUUACAAGGCAGCAGCAGACAAAGGAUCCAAAGCUGCACAGAACUCAUACGCUCAAUGUCUGAUGAAAGGAAAUGGAAUAGAAAAGAACAUCCUUGAAGCAGCGAAAUACUUCAGAAUGGCCGCACAACAAAACUCAGCUCCUGCUCAAUACAGGUUAGGUUAUUUGCAUGAAACAGGUGAAGGAGCAGCUAUGAACUAUAAUGAAGCAUUAAGAUACUACAAAGCUGCUUCUAUCCAGAAAUAUCCUCCUGCAAUGUAUAGAUUUGGUUUGAUGAUUUUGAAUGAAAAAGUGACAGGUCAAAAUGUUGCUGAAGCCAGGAAAUCUAUUAUGACAGCUGCACAAAUGGGACAUGCCAAAUCAUGCUGUCUUCAUGGAAGUGCUUGUAUAACAGGCGAUGGCGUAACAAAGAAUGUUGAUUUCGCAAGAAAAAUGUUUGAAAAGGCAAUUACAAAGAAAGAACCAGCUGGCUAUUUCGGAUUGAGUGUUUUGUGUUUGUUGGAUGGAAAGAUUGAGGAGGCAAGAAAGAAUAUGAGACUGUCUGCUUUAGGUGGUUAUUGUGAUGCAAUUAAAGUCUGGUUGAAUGUUUCUGAAGAUGAAGCAGAAAAACAAAAAUUAAAUGAAGAAUUACAAAAAAUUGGAGACAUAAAGGACUCUGUUGUACCAAUACCUUCUGUAUUUAAAGGCUCUAGUAUAACCCCUACAAUAGAAGGCGUUGCAAAUGCGCUAAAUGUUAAGUAA